AUGGUUCUCCGUUGUGAAUUAUGUCGAAUCGAAGUACCCGAUGAACAUGUCUUAGCUGAUCAUAAUAAUGGUAAACGUCAUCAAGCAUUGUUAACUGCUCGUGAACGAUUUGAAACCUCGCAAAAUUCGAGCAUCUAUGUAACACGGAUCAAAGCUGAUCAUGAUGAAACAACGCUGAAGACUUAUUUUUCACGGUUUGGUUCGAUCAAGAACUGUUUUCUCGACAAAGAAAAGCAUGUUUACGCUAUAAUUGAAUAUGAAAACAUUGAUUCUGCGAACAAAUGUUUGGAGCAAAGUGAACAGUGUCAAUUGGAUGAUGGUACACGUUUAAAAGUGAAACCACGUAAUCAGCAUGAAUUCAAAUCGAAACGAAUGUUGAUCAGCGAACAGGAAUUUUUGAAUAUUAAUAAAGAGAAAGAAAUUGAACAACAUGCAGCAUUGAUUCAAGUUUUAAAUAGCCAGUCGACGAUUGAUGAACAAGCAGAAGCGAUUGUUCAACAAGAAAAACUUCCGGAGGAGAUUUUAAAGCUACGAGAAGACUUUUUCAAAGAAUUAGAAACAAUGUUCGGCAAACAUUUUCCAGGAGCAAAACUAUGUUUAACUGGUUCAAUGGCUAAUAGUUUAGUCACAACCUUGUCCGAUAUGGAUCUCGUUCUCGUUCUAAAUGAUACAUACAUUGAACCUCAACGUCUCCCAUCAUCAUCAAAUAAUAGUGGCGAAUCGAUGACUAUCGACGAGAACAGUUGUAGUAAUGAUAUAGAUAUUCAUCAAAAUAAGUUCAAACGAAAUGUAAGUGAUGGUUCAUCAAGUCGAUCGUUGUCACCUACACUUCAAACAUCGACUUAUUCCGUUGAUGAACUUCUUCAAAUGUCAAUCCCAGAUCGGCUCGAUUGUAUUCGUCGUUUACUUCGCUCAUCUGCAGCCUAUGUUUGUCACGUACAGCGAAUCGCACAAGCUCGAUGUCCAGUUGUUCGAUUCUGUCACAAACAACAAAAGAUAUUCUGCGAAUUAUCCAUCAAUAAUCAUUUGGCAGUAGCGAACACGGAUUUAGUGCGAUAUUAUCUCAUCUACGAACCUAAACUUCGUUCGUUGUUAUACACCAUUCGAUUAUGGCUGAAGCAAAAGGAUCUCGUUGGCAAAGGACAUCGAUUUAAUACUUAUACGCUAUUCUGGAUGGUUGUUUGUUCAUUGCAAUUGGAUAAUCAACAACUACCAAGUGUACUAUCAUUAGCUGAACGUGCACAUCAUAAACGACAACAUGGACCAUGGAAUUGUUCCAUCCCGGAUAUCAGUCAAAUGGAAAAGAAGAUUCCAACUGGUUCCAUAGAGCAAAUACUUCAUAACUUUUUCAAAUUUUAUUCAACAUUCAAUGCAAAUCAACAUGAACUCUCACCAUGGACUGGUAAACUUGAAACAAAAACACCGGAAGGCAAAUUAUUCGCAAUUUAUGAUCCAUUCGAACAUGAUCAUAAUCUAACUUCAAAUUUAUCGCCAUCAAAUUGGCAAAAGUUUCAAGAAGAAUGCUCAUUAGCCAGUCAAGUUCUCGAUGAAUUCUCUAAAAAGCGUCUGAAUAAAUCGUGGGGUUUGUCGUUGAUUUUAACACGUAAAUCAUUACCACAAAAGAAUUUCGCUCACGAACCACAUUAUCCGCAUUCAACCAACACAAUCGAAUUUCAAACCGAGCAGACGAACGAGCAGGAAUUAGAGAAUCAGAUUCAACUGAUUUUGAAAGAUGUUCUUCUCUUCGAACAAGUUAAUUAUGAAACCAUCAGUAAAAAACGCCCAGCCAGUCCACCAAACGAAGUCACGCCGAAUAAACUAGCUGAAAAAUUAGAUAAAACACUUUCGUCGAAACGGCGUCGGACCGAUGAUGACAAUUAUACACUCACAGCCCCGGCAACUGGUAUAACCUAUUCAAAAGAGAAACUUUACUUUCAGGUUGCAUAUCGCACAUGGCAAGAUCGUCGCAAAUUGAAACGAAGUAUUGAAAAUGAUCAUCAAAAUGCUUCGCCUUAUGAACGCGAGAAGCUUAUCAGUAAAAAACUACAAGAGGAUCCAAAUCAUCAUUUAGAAAUGCCUCUGUAUAUGUCUAUGGAAAUGAAAUUCUUACCAAUGACAGAAACAGAACAUAAUCUUCGCAAAGUUCGCAUCUAUUUUGAAUUUCAAGCUACUGAACAACAUCAAUUAUUCGUUGAUCUGACGCAUUUUCUUACUUUAUAUCUCCCGAAGAUGUUGACAAAUCCAGCAACGAACUAA